AUGUCAGUCGAAACACAAGAAUAUGUGAACGGCAUGAGGCCGGGACCUCUGACGAGGGAGAUCCCGGAAUGUAUGAGGGACAAGUAUACCGUCGUGCAAGCGAUUAUAGACAUUAUAAUGUUUGUCAUCGUCGGCAUUGGUUAUGUGAUAAAGGCUGUUUACUUGAGCAUUGUUGGCCGACCGAAAAAGGACCUUAAGGGUGCUAUUGCCGUGGUGACGGGCGGCGGUGGUGGUCUGGGCAGCCUUAUUGCUCUGAGACUAGCUCGCCUCGGCUGCACCGUCGUGUUAUGGGACAUCAACAAACAAGUUAUCCUCUUUAAUUUCCAGGUGAACUUGCUGAUUAACAACGCUGGUGUCGUGUCCGGGAGCUACCUUCUAGACACUCCCGACCAUCUCAUCCAACGGACAUUUGACGUCAACAUCUUGGCGCAUUUCUGGACUGCGAAAGCCUUCCUGCCAGCAAUGAUGGAACACAACAAUGGGCACAUAGUGACCAUUGCUUCAAUGGCUGGUCACGUCGGAGUAGCUAAGCUGGUAGACUACUGCUCUUCCAAGGCCGCUGCCUGCGGUUUCGAUGAAGCUUUGCGAUUGGAGCUCGAAACUCAAGGCUAUACUGGAGUUAAAACCUCCCUAAUAUGCCCAUAUUUUAUACGUUCUACUGGCAUGUUUGAAGAGGUCAAUUCUAGAUUUGUACCCCAACUGAACUCAAACGACGUGGCUGACCGUGUGGUAAUGGCGAUCCGCACCGACGAGCCCUUCGCACUCAUUCCUGGUUUCUUCCGCGUCUUGCUGCCGUUCAAGCUGCUGGUUCCUUGGCCGUGUAUGUCAGAGUUGAUACGAAGGCUAGUUCCCGAUGCAGCGCCAGUACCCGUGCACCCAGCACGUCCAGCGACUGAUGCCAAAGUACCUUCCAAGACGGUUCAGCUGGAAGCCAAGCAUGGCGCUCCCGGCCCUAUGACUGUGAUGCCUCCCGCGCGACACGACCGACAAGUGUGACGUCACCAUGCACUGUUCUAGCAAUACUAAUGUGAGGCGAAAAGCUUGGCCCAGACUCGGUAUAGACUCAAUGAAAUCAUAUUUUACGAAAUAGUCAAAUGUCUCCUAUUUAAUUCAUUUUCAAACAAUACAACAUGUUAAGUCACUUAGGAAUUUGAAAAUAAACCGUUUGGCCAAGCCUCACGUGCUCUUUGUUAAACGAAAACAGGUUAACAGUUACGGCUAGUUGAUAUGAGAUUACAUGUACAACAUACUAUUACUUAUAAUAAGAUAUUUCGUUUGACACUGUGUUCAGCAAAGCAUGUGUAUAAUCUUUGACUGCUGUAUUGCCUUUUAUAGUAAAUUGAAAUCAACGGGGCCUUAUAUGAAUAAAAAUCGUUUAAAAUUGAGCUAUUGGACGAAUUUCUCUAGGAAAUUAUAAGUUUUUAAAGCUAAAUUAUAGCUUGCCUAGGAUUUUGUAUGUAGCUGAUCUAACGACCAACAUUUUACUCGAUUUACUUCUGGUUUUAGUACAAACUUAAUCAGUAGGUACCUACUGUAUCCAAGCUGGAUAGCUGUAUUGGUCUCAUCAUAGUAUAUGGGUAUUGGUACACAUAUACCUACUUGUACAACAAUAUUUGUGUUGAUGGAAAGUUUUCUAGUUCAUUGCAGUAACAAAAUUUAUUAAGUGUAUUUUUUCGCGAGUACCUAUGAAUAGUUACAUGAAUAAAUUUCAAUUAAAAGUGUUUGUACAGACCUAUAUGUGUACCAUUAGCUCCUUGAAUUUACAGAAAAAUGAAAAUCUAAAUUGUGCAUUUAUUAUAUUUUUUAACAAAACUACCCCUAAAGUCGGGAAGACGGAAUAUCGUAUACAAAAGAGAAGAAAGACCAUACCUACAUAAUUUUUUGCCCGUAUGCGAAAAAAACUACCAUCUGUCGUAAAUUUUUUGAUAAUAUUUUUUUGUGUGAAAUAAAAUAAUGGGUUGGAUCUGUAAUAAAGUCACAACCUUUGCUGUAAUCAUGUAAUGAAUAUCAUCAAGUAAUUUUAACAUAACACAAAAAAUUCAACCACAAAUUGAUUUCCUUCAGCUACUUACAAAUGUUAUUUCCAACUUAAUAAUUAUGUACAUACAGUAGGUAUAUACAAUUAUUAUUUUUAUAAGAAUUAGUUGUGUAUGGAAACCUGUGGUACUUAGUCAAACUAAGGUAUUAAAAUAAGAUAAUUCUGGAUGUGAUUUUAUGAAUAAGGUUAAAGAACUUUGUACGGCUACUUAAUAUUAGUUGUUAUAAACUCGUUCGCUAUAAAUCGAAAUUUAUAUGAAAAUGUUAUAUCAAAAUUACGUAUAAAUGUUGUGAAAUACAUCCUGUACUUACAAGUAUACCUCUUAUAAAGUAAGAUUUCUUAUAAUUUAUGUUUAAGUAAAAUAACGGAGUGGGGUGACAAUGUAAAGCUAAGAUUAUGUAAAUAUGUUAUGUUAUAGUUAUGGUUUAGUCUUCCAAGCAACAGUGUUAGGGCAAACUAGACCUGAAGCGAAUACUUUAAUUAUUAUUAUUAUUCAACUAAUAUCAACGAAAGAUUGCCCAACCUUCUACACUAGGUUCUUCUAGGUACAGUUUUCAUGCGGCGAUUAAUGUGUUAUAGUUUAGAACAUUGUUAAAAGUGCGUACAGUAGCGUACAUACAUGAAAUAUGCCUGAAAAAUGUACAAAGAUUUCCCGUAACGAUUUUGAAGCUUGAUUUAAACACAAUAAGGUCUAAUUUACCCUUAACACAAAGACACGUUGUAUAUACCCACUUAUUUUUUAACAAUCUCGCUGUGGUGGAAGUGACAUGCAUUCAUUUGUACUCGUUUGGAACUUUAAUAAAAAUUUGAAAAAAUAAAUAUAAACAAUGAGAAUUUAUAUGGAUGCGUCGAAAUUAAUAAAACCAUGAAAAUGUUAA